AUGAGCCGCGGUGGGGGUCAAUCUGACACUAUUUUCGUAGUGAGAGAAAAUGGAACGACCUGCUUGAUGGCGGAGUUUGCAGUGAAAUUCCUGAUUCCGUACGACGUCCUGGCACUGAACGGGAUCGAUCUGAUCACGGAGCAGGCGUCCGUGUCGAUCCCGCGUGGAGCUCAGAUCGCUGGGAAAUGCGGAAGCAGUGAGUCGGAGCUGCAGAUCUCAUGGAUCAAUCACGCAUUCACAUUCCGCAUCUUCUUCUCAAAGGUGAUUCCAGCAGAAACUGAUCCAUCUGAAUUCUUACAGCAGUUUUACCAUACGCUCUUGACACGUUCACAACUCCGCAAACACACACCACUGACUCUCAGUGACGUCAACGACAAAACCGAAUACCUCUCUAGAUGUUGUUUUAGGCUGUAUGUGUUGAUGUGGAGUGUGAAUGACCAGCGCUUCUCUCCUCCUGCAGCGUUUAAAUGCAUCACGGACCAGCGGGAGCAGCUGGAGCAGAUGCUGCCGCUGGUGUUGGGUCUCAUCCUGGGUCUCAUCAUCGUCAUCACCAUCUCCGUUUAUCACUUCCACCUCAAACUGAGCGCCGCGCAGCAGCCGCAGCUUCCUCGCGACCGCUCGCUCUACAAGAACAUGUGAAGAUCUCUACCGGACGUGACGUCAGUCCAAAUGUCUCAACGCACGUCAUUAGAACGCCACUUUUCUUUCUGGUUUCUGUGUCAAAUGUAUGGAAGCCAGUUUGCACCAUAGAAUUAAACGAAUGUAAAAAGGUAAUUGCGACUUUUUUUUUCAGAAUUGCUAAAACUCUUGUUUUGUGAGAUUGUGUGGGGGAAAAGCCAGAAUUGUGAGAUAAAAAAGUUGCAAUUACCUUUUAGAUUUUUUUAUUCCAUG